UGAUAUUUUUAUAUGUAUUUGUGUGUGUGUGUAAAUAUAUACAUAUAUAAACAAAUGAAUAGAUAUCUAUGAAUUUAUAUACAUAUCACUGUGAACCAACAGAAGCAGGAAGAAAACUCGACCAUCGGGGCUGGUCUCUGAUUCCGAGAUCAUACACACUAUUUUUAGCAUUAUUUUUUGCAUCUUUUGCAUCGGCCGGAGGAAGACUACCAAUCUUUUUUCUAUUUUUCAUCUCCCUGUUGCUACCUCCUCAUCUCUUUUUCUGGAUCAGGAGGAACAAAGAGGAGGAUAACAGGGUUUGUUAAGAUUCCUGGCAUUUGUGCUACCGUGAGCCGAGUGGCACUGCACGCGGUAUUUGAUCUGAGCAGGCGGCAGCAGCAGCAGCAGCAGUGAGACAGAAAGAGACAGAGAGCGCAGCACCGUGUGAACUAGCCAGCAUGCACAAACAUCAUCACUGCUGCAAGUGCCCAGAAUGCUAUGAAGUGACCCGCAUGGCCGCUCUGCGCAGGAUGGAUGCCCCGGCAUAUGGAGACUGGCAGCCCGAACCCUAUGGAUACCCAGCCGGCUAUGGGGGCGGCCAGACCUUACCACCCCAAACCUCGGGCGGAGGAGGGGGAAUGAGUGGAGGGGGCACUUUGGGGAGAAGUAAAGGGAAAAUGAUGUCAGCUGGGGGUCCUGGAGGCCCCAACCCCAAGAGCCAAUCCAAGGGCGCCCCCAAGGUGAAUGGUAACAACUCAGGAGGGCAAGGAGGAUGGUGGCCCGAGUGCACCUGUUCCAACCGGGACUGGUACGACCAGGCAAACCCUCCCCCCAUCAUUGUGAACGCAGACUCACUGGAUGCAGGCCCUUAUGUGAACGGGAGUGAUGGCAUGUACAAAUAUGAAGAAAUCAUUCUGGAGAGGGGCAACUCUGGUCUUGGGUUCAGCAUUGCUGGAGGUGUGGAUAAUCCACACAUUCCUGAUGAUCCAGGAAUCUUCAUCACAAAGAUCAUCCCAGGAGGUGCCGCUGCCAUGGAUGGGAGACUAGGGGUAAAUGAUUGUGUUCUGCGCGUGAAUGACGUGGACGUGUCAGAGGUUGUGCACAGCAAGGCAGUGGAGGCUUUGAAGGAGGCCGGCCCAGUGGUCAGGUUGCUGGUACGCAGAAGACAGGCUCCUCCGGAGACCAUUUUGGAGGUCAACCUACUCAAAGGGCCUAAAGGUCUUGGCUUCAGUAUUGCUGGAGGUAUAGGCAACCAGCACAUCCCGGGUGACAACAGUAUCUACAUCACAAAGAUAAUCGAGGGUGGGGCGGCACAGAAAGAUGGACGUCUGCAGACAGGCGAUCGCCUACUAGCUGUGAAUAACAUUAUACUUCAGGAUGUACGUCAUGAGGAGGCUGUGGCCGCCCUGAAGAAUACUUCAGACAUGGUCUAUCUGAAAGUGGCCAAGCCGGGACCAGUGCAUCUCAACGACAUGUACGCCCCACCAGACUACUCAAGCAGCCUCGGCCUCCCUCCAGCCUUUCCCACCAUGGUGGACAACCACGUUGGACACAACUCCAGCAUGGCUUACAUGGGAGCCAUGGAGCCUAAACCAGUGUACCAGCCACCCCAGGUCACCCCCUCGAGGUACUCGCCAGUCCCACGGCACAUGCUGGGGGAGGAGGACUUCACCAGGGGCGAGCCCAUUUACAGUGCCAUCCACAAACCUCAUGGGGACACCAGCCCUCCCUCCCCCCAUCUGUGCAGCAGGGGGUCUGGGGAUGUGGGUUGCAGCCCCGCCCCACCUGCUCUGUGUCAAAGCCUGGUCCCGUACACCGGCAGGGAGCCGCGGAAGAUCCUACUGCACAAGGGUUCCACAGGUUUGGGAUUCAACAUUGUGGGCGGGGAGGAUGGAGAGGGCAUCUUCGUGUCUUUCAUCUUGGCAGGAGGGCCAGCCGACCUGAGUGGAGAGCUGAGGAGAGGAGACCGCAUCCUGUCGGUGAAUGGUGUAAACCUGCGCAAUGCUACCCAUGAGCAGGCUGCUGCUGCACUGAAAAGGGCUGGACAGACGGUGACCAUCAUUGCCCAGUACAGACCAGAAGAAUACAGUCGUUUUGAGUCCAAGAUCCACGACUUGAGGGAGCAAAUGAUGAACAGCAGCAUGAGCUCUGGCUCUGGCUCCCUCCGCACCAGUGAGAAACGUUCCCUCUACGUCAGGGCUCUUUUUGACUACGACAGGACCAGGGACAGUUGCCUCCCUAGCCAGGGCCUGAGUUUCUCCUAUGGGGACAUCCUGCAUGUCAUCAAUGCCUCCGAUGAUGAGUGGUGGCAGGCACGGCUGGUUACACCCCAUGGGGAGAGUGAGCAAAUUGGGGUCAUACCAAGCAAGAAAAGGGUGGAAAAGAAAGAACGUGCACGAUUAAAAACAGUCAAGUUCCAUGCAAGGACGGGCAUGAUUGAGUCCAACAGGGAGAUGUUUGGCAGAAUGAACGACACAAGGCCAGUCAAAGUGAAACGCAAAAAAAGCUUCAACCUAUCACGCAAGUUCCCGUUUUACAAGAGCAAGGAGAAUAUAGUGCAGGAGUUGGUGGAGACCGAACAGUGCUUGACAUCCAACACGAGUGACAGCGAAAGCAGCUCAAAGGGUCAGGAAGACACAAUUCUAUCGUAUGAGCCAGUGAUUCGACAAGAGAUCCAUUACACAAGGCCUGUGAUUAUCCUUGGUCCAAUGAAGGACAGAGUAAACGAUGACUUGAUCUCGGAGUUUCCUCACAAGUUUGGAUCCUGUGUUCCACAUACAACUCGUCCUCGGCGAGAGAAUGAGAUGGACGGACAGGACUACCACUUCGUGGCUUCAAGGGAGCAAAUGGAGAAAGACAUUCAGGACAACAAAUUUAUAGAGGCCGGCCAGUUCAAUGAGAAUCUGUACGGAACAAGCAUCCUGUCUGUCCGGGCAGUGGCUGAAAGGGGGAAACACUGUAUCCUGGAUGUGUCUGGGAACGCCAUAAAGCGACUGCAGCAAGCACAGCUCUAUCCAAUCGCCAUUUUCAUCAAGCCAAAAUCUGUGGAGGCACUAAUGGAAAUGAAUAAGAGGCAGACAUAUGAGCAAGCCAAUAAAGUCUUUGAUAAGGCAGUGAAGCUUGAACAAGAGUUUGGAGAGUUUUUCACAGCCAUAGUCCAGGGUGACUCGCUAGACGAGAUCUAUAAUAAAAUCAAGCUGAUCAUAGAGGAGCAGUCAGGCCCUUACAUCUGGAUCCCAUCCGCAGAGAAGCUCUGAGCUCGCUGACUCCAUGGAGCCCUCCGCCUGACCCCCCUAAACCCACUUCCACCUGACACCUUUCCUUCCCUUUCACGGAUAUGUUUCAUAUCAAGUUUUAGUGUCAUCAUUAUGUUACCCUCAAAUGAAAAACGUCUUAUCACCAUUACUGUGACAGUGCACACCCCUGCAUGAGUUUCUCAGCAAUUCCAUUCAAGAUUGGAAAUGCCAUUCCUAAAGAAAAUUUUUUGUCAUGUAAAACAAAAAAGGGAAACCUGAGCGAAUCCUUUCAUGGCUUUCGGAUGGACUUGAUUAUGAUGAUGAGAAUGUCUUAAAGUGAGAACGGGGAGUCGGAGAUGGUGACACGAGUGGAAACCUUGUAUAUGUUCAUUCGGUUUCAUUGAAAAAGACAUUCGCGGAUGCUGUGCGAGGUUUUCUACAAGGACUAGAUACAGGUCAAGCCUGCUGAUGGUACCGUCACUGCUCAUAUUUCUAAGCGGAGAGACUUCAAAACUGACGGUGAUCUUCAGUACUCACAAAACCGCUCGCUUUAUUCGAUUGGCUGCCUGGCCACACCGAUUUGUAUGGCGACGCGGUCGGUCGGAGACGGAGCAAAAUGGAAAACGGGGUUCGAGUCUAUACAUUUAUAUUACUGACAUCACAUGGAAAAAAUCCUAUGGAGAGAUUUUAUUACAUAAUAUGAAAUGAUACGGUACACAUUUUACACUUCACUUGAUUUGUCUACUUGGAGGGCUGUUAGAUUUAAUUUACUUGUCUUUGGGUUUUUGUGUUCUUUCUUUCUUGUGGUUUUAGCUGCUUUGUAUUAAAGAUGGGGGUAGAGAGGUGUAACUGGGCUCUCUGCAGAGCACCAAACUGCCUUACGAUGAAUAAACGCUUCUGGAAAAUUCCUGUCAAUCGCGGUGGGGAAUGACACCAUUCAACCGAUCAGUGCUUAGCAGGAGACUCGAUGAUUUUAGUUUCCCAUCAUCCUAUUGGAGGCCUAACUUGUGAGUGCAAUAGACUUAAGUGUCUUACCUCUGUGAAAUCCUUUUUUUUUUUUUUUUUGCGAAUCUUUUUUGUCUUAAGCGAAAUCCAAUUUUGGCCGCCAUUGGAGUUGUUGAAAAGCAGACAGCCCACUUGCACUUCCUCUGCCUUCCAUGACUAUACUCUUCAGACUGAACGGUAACAAGGUACUGUCCUGUUAGCUGCCCUGGAUCGCAGCCUUAAAACGGGUAGAAUCAAGACAAUAAUUGUAUUGGAUGUCCUUCUUGAUAUUAAAGCAUUAGUGGAGCCUGAAAUUGACCGUUUUCCCCAGAACUCGACGAUGGUUUAAUUAAAUCUGUUCUUUGCUAUGA